AUGGAGAUUGUGUGGAAGCAACAUGAACAUGGAACCGACCAACUGACAGACUUAUUGGAUAAAGAUGAUUAUCAAGGGGCUACUUUUGAAAUAAAGAAAGAAGAAAGGUACAAUUUUGUCAGUUCUAAACAUCCCGAGGAAAAGGUCAAUGUUACAGUUGGAGACCCAUGCUUUGAGAACCCGUGCUCGUAUGAAUCUGUGGAAAAGGUGUUCGAUCAUAUCAGAGACCUGACAGGUUUGACAGACAACAGCAAGGUCAGGCAGUGGACAAUGCUAGGGUGUGAUGGAUUACCAUACACCUUAGGCAGCAGAACCAUAGAAAACGUGUCGGUGUGCCAAGACUGUAAAAUGGAGUUUGAUGAGGAAGCUAAUUUCAAAGACCACAUUAAGCAAAACGACCAUUGUAAAGAACUGAGUGCCAAUGAUUGUAGAAAAUAUAACAAUAUUGUUAUGAUACCUGGUCUUGGACAUUAUGAAAUAAACAUGGUGAAAGUGUUGAUAAAAUUGCUGUGGGAUAUUGCCGUGUUUGAUCUGGCAAAGAUGCUAGGUUUUCACAGCCCAAAGGCCUUGCAGAGCUUUCAGAAUGCUGGAGACCAUCACAAAAGCUGGCAGAGUCUUAUGAUAUUUAUGCAUUCCAUGGCACAAGAACUUCUUGUCCCUUACUGCCGUCAAGAAGUGAAGAAAAAUGCAAAUCCUAGCUUGACUGGGUACUUCUCCUAUUUGAAUGGUGCUACUUCUAGUAACUAUAAGUUUAUGUCAGAAGUAGUUUUCACUUACUGCCUGGCACUCCAUGUAUUUAGAGCUGGAAUCAGGCGUGACAACUCUACUGCAAUUCAAGCAGGAAAAGUUAAGUUUUCGCCAUUAUUCUUUGGUUUCAAUAUGCCCUUUUAUAUGGAGACAUUUAUCCGAGAUUCAUUUGUCAGAGUACAAUGUCCGCCAGAAGUCUUGGCGUUCAUUGGAGCAAACGAAUCUUACAGUGCUAGUGGUCAUGAUUCAAAACGAGAAGGUGGUGAUUUUGUACUGGAGAACAUUAACCGCAAAAGCAAGAUGUGGAUGCCAUCUGGCCUACCUGAUAAGAAAAAAUGGCUUGAAGUUUAUUGCAACAUAGAUAGACUAGAUGAGGUACAAGAUCACAUGUACAAUAUUCAACAUCUACAACCUGCUGACGAUGAAUGUGUCCAUGCCAAUAGGAAAUUAGACAAGGACCAGUUGAUAUUGCUACAGAGCCUGGAGGAAGACAUCUCUUACAUCUGUGGAAUGGACUUCUUCCCUGAUGAUCAUCCUCUUCAGAAGAUCAAUCAAGUUCAUCUGGCAGGUGGAAAGGCAAAGUAUUGA